GUAUAGCAACCUUAUAGAUACGUUGUAUAUAUAAACCUUGUUAUGCUGCUUGACAGAUGAAAGAUGGAUUAACAAUAAAGAGCAAUCGCAUGUGGAACUACGAGGAGUCAAGACGUGUUUUAUCACGAUACUACAUUUGGCGACGAGUAAAAAGAAAUAAAGAGAACUAGCAGUGGAACAAAAUCAGACGGCAAGAUACAAUGAAUACGAUUGGUAAGCUUACUUCGUUUUGUUACUUCGGAAAUGUGAAAGAAGGAAAAUGUGAUUGAAAGUACAUUUGUAUUGCAAUUUGCUUAAAUGCAGUGAACCCCGAUUCAAUUCGGACUUGCGUAAAAGCUGAUGAAAAAUGAAGCCAAUUGGAAAUUUGCUUAAAUGCAGGACUAUCCAAGUGAAAAGUGUGGUUAAAAAAAAAAAUGAACAUUGCUCCCUUGUUAAUUUGCUUUAAUGCAGAAUACGGUAAACGUGUUGAAACAAGUUUCGCUUAAACGCCGAAUCUAUGUGUAACAAAGAAUGAGUAUUGUUCCUUUGUUUGCUUGAAUGCAGAACUCGGAAAACAUGUCGGAACAGGAAAUCCAUAUGUGAGUGUUUGGCACAAAGUCGAGUAUUAAUACAUGCAAGGAUGGCUUAUGUAUGAGUGCGCAUCUUUGUCAAAAUGGAGGAUGAAACGCAGAAAAACGGAAAGACAUGUGAAUUAUAAAAAAAGCAAAUCAAUCAAAUGUGCGUGAUGGGAUUUUUCCUGAAAAUUUCUUAAACGCUGAAUAAUAAAAAUAAAAAAAAUAAUAAAAAUAAUAAUAAUAAUAAAAAUAAUAAUAAUAAUAAUAAGAUGAUUGAAAGAUCAAGUGUUCUACAAUAAGUAUUAUGUUAUUGCACCAGUGUUAGUGUGAUGCAGUGUUGUCAAACUCUUAAUGCAUAAUGCAGAGCUGCAUGUUUGGAUGUGUGAAUAAACACAAUCCUAAUGUAUUUUGACUAUUUACAUGAAUUUCACAGACGCACACGUCUGAUUUCUUCUGAAUGACUAAAUUCUGUUGUAUUAUUUUUACAGAUCUAUUUCGUUUCCCAGGGCUGACGCCUCAACCGUUUAAUUAUGAGGGUCACCGAGAAAACCUUGGAAAUGAGUGGAAAAAAUGGAUUAAAUCUUUCGAAAUCAUGCUUCGAACAUCUCGAAUUGAUGAUGAGGAGUGGAAGAAAGACCUACUAUUGCAUUUUGUGGGACCAAAGGUCCAACAAAUUUAUGAAACUCUGCCAGAACUACCAAGCAUUGAGAAACGAGGACCUCUUUCAAAUAUUGAACAAUAUACCCCCAAUAUGAACAGCUACGAAGAGGCCGUAGCAAAAUUAAAUAAUUUCUUCUUGCCGAGACAAAACCCCACCUAUGAACGACACCUAUUGCGGCAAAUUAAACAACAACCAGGAGAGAAUUUUGACACUUUUAUAGUGAAAUUACGCAUACAAGCAGAAAGAUGCGGCUAUGGCGACAAGACAGAAGAAAAUAUUAGAGAUCAGAUUAUUGAAAACUGUCAGUCAGCUGCAUUGCGUAGAGAGUUAUUGAGACUAGGCGACGCUAAUCUCGAUAAAAUAUUGAGUGUAGCAAAAAUUCUUGAAACAGUUGCUCAUCAAGAAAAAUCGUUCAUAGGAAGUCAGCAUCAAGUUGACGAUGUUAAUAAAAUUGAUGGGUAUUCUGUUCAUAAAAAGAGAAUUUUUGCUGAAACAAAUCAAAUGCAAUGCCAUCGUUGUGGCUAUAUGGGACAUCUUGCCAAAGACGAGAAAUGCCCAGCCAAAGGAAAAACUUGUAGUAAAUGCGGCGGCAUGAAUCAUUUCGCUAAGAGGUGUCGCACUAAAAACCCAGAACAAAGGACUUUCAAGGGUACCAAGAAAUAUCGACGAGAGGCAACAGAAGCUGGAAAUAGAGAGUACAAACAUGACACAGUGAAACAUAUUGAUAACAAUACCACGGAAUACGUCUUCCAUCUCACGCCAUAUGAUAACAGCAGCGAAAUGUGUUGUAAAAUAGGUGGUAUCCCUAUAAACGCUAUGAUCGAUUCGGGAUCAAAAUACAACUUAAUCAGCCAAAUUGUCUGGGAGCAACUAAAGUCCCAACAUGUUGUUGUAUCAAAUCAACACCGUGAUGCCACAAUUACACUCAAGGCAUAUGGCGGACAGGUACUGCCGCUCGUAGGUGUGUUUACUGCUACAGUUACUUUAGGCUCAGCAGAAACUACUGCCGAUUUCUAUGUUGUGAAGGGUGAUGGCAAAACUUUAAUUGGGCGUGAUACGGCUACUCUCAUGGGAGCGUUGAAAAUUACCGUUCCUGUAAAUACGGUUGACAACGAAAACCAUAAACUGUCGACCUUGAAGAAUGUUGUGGUAGAUAUACCAAUAAAAUCAGGUUCAGUAGCUGUCGCUCAGCCAUACCGUCGAAUACCGGUUGCCUUGGAAAAACUAGUCGAUAAAAAACUGGAUGAACUACUGAUUCAGGGAGUUAUCGAGCAAGUAAAUGAGCCAUCUAAGCGGGUAUCACCUGUAGUAGUUGUCCCUAAAGGAAACAACGAUGUUCGCAUAUGUGUAGAUAUGCGGCGCGCUAACGAGGCGGUUGAGAGAGAAAAUCAUCCACUACCUACUUUUGAGGACUUCUUACCACAUAUGGCUAAGGCAAAGGUAUUUUCCCGUCUGGACAUUAAAAAUGCUUUCCACCAGGUAGAAAUUUCAAAACAAUCUCGGGGGAUUACUACGUUCAUCACACGUAGAGGGUUGUUCCGUUACACCAGACUUAUGUUUGGGAUAAACUGUGCACCAGAGCUGUUCCAGAAAACUAUGGAACAAAUUCUUACAGGCUGUGAAGGAUGCUUGAAUUACAUCGAUGACAUUAUUGUAUACGGAUCGCAUAGAGAUGAACAUGACAAAAGACUGACAAAGGUUCUCCAAAGGCUCAAAGAGUGGAACGUGGUGCUAAAUGCAGAUAAAUGCGUUUACGGGGUAUCAGAAACGAGAAUUUUAGGGCAUGUUAUAUCUGCAGAAGGAGUAAAACCAGACAAAGAUAAACUAAAUGCGAUACGAAACUUCAGGGCACCAAAAUCAGCAGAAGAAGUUCGAAGUUUUUUAGGUUUAGUAAAUUAUGUAGGAAAAUUUAUUCCUGAUAUGGCAACCAUUACACAUCCAUUACGACAGCUAACAGUUGAAAAGGAAAAAUUUGUAUGGAAAUCAGAGCAUCAUUCAGCGUUCGAGAAACUCAAAUCGUUUAUGAUAAGCCCAUCAACACUAGGUUUUUUUUGAUAUUGGAGAUAGAACACAGUUAAUUGCUGACGCAAGUCCUGUUGGGUUAGGAGCGGUAUUAAUACAGAUAAAUUCAGAAGGAAAUCCGAGAGUAAUUGCAUACGCAAGCAAAAGUCUAUCUAAUACAGAAAAACGCUAUGCACAAAUUGAAAAAGAGGCCCUAGCGCUUGUUUGGGCAGUAGAACGCUUCCAUUUUUAUCUAUAUGGUCGUCAAUUUGAACUUAUAACAGAUCAUAAACCAUUAGAAAAAAUAUUUAGUACAAAAUCGAAACCAUG